AUGGGUUGGGCUCUGAAGAAGCCUGAGGAUGUCCCCGGUGCUGCGUGGCCUGCCAUUGCCAUCGGUCUCUUUGUGGCCUUUGGUGGUGUUCUUUAUGGCUAUGACACGGGUACCAUAUCUGGUAUCUUGGCUAUGCCUUACUGGCUACAGACCUUCUCCACCACUCCUGACAACACCCUUACUGCCUCGCAAGACUCUCUGAUUGUGUCUAUUCUGUCUGCGGGUACAUUCUUUGGUGCUUUGUUGGCUGCUCCUGCUGCCGACUUUCUCGGCCGUCGCUGGGGUCUCUUCCUCAGUGCUGCCAUUGUCUUCAACCUGGGAGUCAUCCUGCAGACCGCCUCGACCGGUCAGGACCUCUUGAUUGCUGGACGAUUCUUCGCCGGCCUGGCUGUCGGUCUCAUCUCUGCCAUGAUCCCCUUGUACCAGAGUGAGACCGCCCCUAAAUGGAUUCGAGGAGCGAUCGUCGGUACAUACCAGCUUGCUAUCACCAUUGGUCUCUUCCUCGCCGCCAUUGUCAACUAUUCCACUCAAGGUCGAAUGGACAGUGGCUCAUACCGCAUCCCUAUUGCUGUGCAAUUCGCCUGGUCUCUCAUUUUGUGCGGCGGCCUGCUCGUUCUCCCUGAGACCCCUCGCUUCCUGAUCAAGCAAGACAAGCACGAUCAGGCUGCCAAGUCUCUUGCCCGACUUCGCCGUCUGGACGUCACUCAUCCUGCCGUCGUCGAGGAGCUCGCUGAGAUCCAAGCCAACCACAACUACGAGAUGAGCAUCGGCACUGCGAGUUACGCCGAGUGCUUCAAGGGCACCAUCGGCAAACGUCUUGCCACAGGUUGUCUCCUUCAGUCCCUCCAACAACUCACCGGUGUCAACUUCAUCUUCUACUACGGCACCCAAUAUUUCCGCAACGCAGGCUUCAGAAACUCCUUCAUCAUUCAAGUCAUCACAAACUCCGUAAACGUCGUCUCAACCUUCCCAGGCCUCUACCUUGUCGAGAAGAUGGGCCGUCGCAACCUACUCCUAAUGGGCGCCAUCGGCAUGUGCGUAUGCCAGUACAUCGUCGCCAUCACCGGCACCGUCGCCGGCACCACCAACCAAGCCGCACAAAACACCGCCAUUGCUUUCGUCUGCUUCUACAUCUUCUUCUUCGCCUCGUCGUGGGGCCCCGUCGCCUGGGUAGUCACUGGCGAGCUGUAUCCGCUCAAGGUGCGCGCAAAGUGCCUCUCAAUGACCACCGCGUCCAACUGGCUGCUCAACUGGGCGAUCGCCUACGCGACGCCCUACAUGGUCAAUGCGCAGUAUGCGAAUCUACAGUCCAAGGUGUUCUUUGUCUGGGGCAGCUUUUGCUUCGUGUGUAUCGCGUUUGUGUACUUUAUGAUCUAUGAGACGAAGGGUCUGGCACUUGAGCAGGUGGACGAGUUGUAUGGCAUUGUGGGCAAGGCGUGGCAGAGCAAGAAGUUCCGUCCGCAGAUCGCGUUUGUCGAUGUGGCGGAGAUGGAUGGCGAUAAGCGUGGGAUGAGUCUGAGUCAGAUUGCGGAGACGCAGGAGCGUAAGAGGAGCGUUACGCAUGUUGAUAAGGUCUAGAGGUGUGAUUCACUUAACGUGUUUGGCUGGGAUGGGGGACGGACGAGGAGUGUAUAUAGACUAUGACACUUCAAUUCGAUUCGGUUCAAUACUCGAUGCUGAUGUCUUUUCUUACC